UUGCAAGGUUAUAAUAAAAGAGCUGGGAAGAAGACAAGGGAAAGACAUUGCUGAGGGAAUGCAAGCGUAAAAGCAAGGUAUACAGGAGGCACAAAGACAAACUAGAAGCUAAGCACUAAAGGUCCUGAGAGCAACAGGGGUGAGCCAUGGAAGCCAGUCCCUUCAGCCGGAGGCAGUGGGCGUCACAGUCCCUGCGUGUCACUGCUCGGGAGCUAUCAUUGGUCAGCUCCCGCGGCCAGAGCAAGGCCAUCGCUGAGCGAUUCUCCAAGUACCAGAAGGCUGCUGAGGAGGCCAGCUCAGACAAGAAGAAAGUGGUUCUGGACACCUUGCCCCCCUCCUUGCGCUCUGGUACCCUGAGUGUGCUGAAGAAGCGCUGGGAGCAGCCCCUCUGCCAGGCCAAGCCCACGCCCGCCCCAGCCACUCCACUUCGCGCACUCCUUACGCCCCCACUGGGCUCCAAGCCUGCCCCUAAACCUGGGCCCAGCUUGCAGGGGGAGCAGCCUCUCUCAGCCAAGUCUCUGGUCACGCCCAGCAACGGGAGCCACUUCCAGUACCCUGUGGACGGAACAAGUGAGGCAGAGGAGGGUGGAGCCAUGGAGAGGAGCCUGAGGGAGGAGGGCAGGCCAGGCAGCGUGCCAACAACCCCCGUUGAAAAGCCCAGUGUGCCUCUGAACAGCCUGAAGAUGAUGUUUGAGAAGGGGGAAGUCGUGCGUAACAAAGUGUCCAGACAGCCAAGCAUGAUUGGAAGGAACAGCAGCAUCUCAGAUGACAUGGAUCAGCGGUCAGGAGAACAAGGGGUCCUGGAUGGGCUGACCUCCUCAGACCGGCCGCGGGACACCACCUCGAUCCGGGACAGGAUGGCCAAGUACCAGGCAGCCGUGUCCAAGCAGGACUCUCUGUCCCCUCCACACAAUCAGGUGGAAAAGGCUGAGGCGGAGGCGACCAGACUUGGGGUGGACCAGAAAGAGAACGUGCGCCCGGCCAGCAUGGGCGUAAGCCCUACCCCUGAGGCCAGCAGCAGACGUGCCUCCACUGCAGAGAGCAAUGGGAUCCGAGAGGAAAUGGCAGGCUCCAGCACAGACACAGCAGCACCUUCUCCCCAGAGUGACAACGCCCAGUCCAAGGCAGUGAGAAAGUUCUGCAUGCCUGUGCAGGAGAACUGUGUGGCGUGUCUGAAGACAGUCUAUCCACUGGAGCGCCUGGUGGCCAAUCAGCAGAUCUUCCACAAGACCUGCUUCCGCUGCUCGCACUGUAACACCAAGCUUAGUUUGGGAAACUAUGCUUCUCUGCAUGGCAACGUGUACUGCAAGCCGCACUUCAACCAGCUGUUUAAAGCCAAGGGAAACUACGAUGAGGGCUUUGGUCACCGGCCACACAAGGAGCUGUGGACGGCACGGAGUGAGGGCGAGGAGGAGGAGGAGGAAGAGGAAGUGGUGAAGGCAAGGGCUCCUCCAACAGAGUCCCCUGCUGCAAAGCCGCAGAAUCCCCUAGUAGAGGAGUUGUCUGUGGCCAAGGUCAACAUUCUGGCAGCCACGCUAGAGACACGGGUGCACAGCUCGGCGAUGGCUGAGAAACCAGCCUUCGAGAAGCCCGUGGAAACCCGGCGGCUGAAGAUCGCCUGGCCACCGCCCACCGAGGGUGAACGGGCCCCCGGGGCCUCUAAUGCUGCCCCAGAAGUCGGAUCUGUGAGGCCCUUCCGAGCAAAGUGGCCGCCCGAGGGUGACACCCUGCCCCCUGCUCCAAGUACUGAGCGCUCUGAGCUCAAAAAUCUGCGCAGGAGCGCCUCUCUGAAGGAGCGCAGCCGUCCCUUCUCCCUGACCGUCAGCCCUGCCUCUGCCCCCACCCCUGCACCCAGGGAGCCACGCUGCCCAAUCAGGCUGCUGGAGAGGAGAGGCUCCUUGGAGGAGACUCGUCCAACACCUGCCCCCCGCAGCAAGGAGCCAGAGCCAGAGUCAAAGCCAGAGAGGGAGGGGACAAAGCAGCGGGAGGAGGAGGAGGAUAGGGUCACGGCUAGGGGCUGUGCUGUAAAUGAAGCAGCUGGCUCAGAGGAAGAGGAGAGCAGAUCUGCACAGGACGCAAAAGAUGUGCCCCCUCAACCACAGGAAGAGGAACAAAGAGUGGGAGAAAAAGAGGAGGAGAAGCAGGAGGAGGAGGUGCCCUCUUUGAAGCUCCAAAGCGUGUCUCCAGAUGUCCCAGCAUCCCCCUCACCCCUGCAGGAGAACAAGACUAACAGGGCGUCCCAGGACGUGGAUGAUGAGGAUGAUGAAGAUGACGGCGGGGUGCUGUCUGUGGAAGAACAGAUCAAGAGGAACCGAUACUACGAAGAAGAGGAGGAAGAGGAUGCAGAGAAGGAGGGGUGAAACCCGUGCAACUUCUCAAAAAAAAAAAA